GCAGGCUCCGCGCGCACCUGCCGGCCCGCCCCCGCCGCGCCGCGGGGCCGGGGACAGGCACCUGCCGGCGCUGCCGGGCCAAUCGCACCUGCGCCGCGAUACAUCCCCCCCAGAGAGCUCCGGCCGGGCCGGGCAGCGCCGCCGCGGAGGGCGCCGUUUCUGGGCGGGCAGGGCAUGGCGGUCCGCUGAGAUGAAAGUGACCGUGUGCUUCGGGAGGACGGGCAUCGUGGUGCCCUGCAAGGACGGGCAGCUCCGCGUGCGGGACCUCACCCAGCAGGCCCUGCAGCGCUACCGCAAGGCCCAGGAGAAGGAUCCAGCUUCUUGGGUAAAUAUUCACCACCUGGAGUAUACAGAUGGAGGCAUUCUGGACCCAGAUGAUGUGCUGGCAGAUGUUGUGGAAGACAAAGAUAAGCUGAUCGCUGUUUAUGAUGAACAAGAAACUCACCGGAAGACUGAUGGCACCGAUGGCAAUCUGACAGACAGAAAUAGCCCUGACUCCUUCGAGACAGAGGUAGCAGCUCAGCUGGCUGCCUUUCAGCCAAUUGGUGGUGAGAUUGAAGUGACUCCUUCUGCCCUGAAACUGGGUACCCCACUUCUAGUUCGAAGGAGCAGUGAUCCAUCUUUGGGCCCACCUGCUGACUUCCACCCCAGUGCUUCUCAUCCCAGCGACCACAGUCUCAAGCAUGUUGUAGCAGGUGCAUCCCAGGUAUCAUUUCAGGAUGGGGAGAUGAACCCCAGUGGACUGACAGAACUGUUGUUGGCUCAGAGGGCCCGGCUCCCUGUCAGUGAACUGACAAAAACAGUGGAGAUUUCUGGGGACAGUGGACCCUUAGGAAUACAUGUAGUACCCUUUUUUUCAUCAUUGAGUGGAAGGAUGCUGGGACUCUUCAUCCGCGGUAUUGAAGAAAACAGCAGAUCCAGGCGUGAUGGUCUAUUCCAUGAAAAUGAAUGCAUUGUGAAGAUUAACCAUGUGGACCUUACAGAUAAAACCUUUGCACAGGCUCAGGACAUCUUCCGUCAGGCAAUGAAGUUUCCAAGUGUCAUCUUGGAAAUCCUUCCUUCGUAUAAUCGAGAACAAUAUGAGAAGUGUGCUAUUGCUCCUCUUUGUUUUCUGGAUAAUGAAGAAGGAGUUGCAAAAACAAAGAUUCCACCUCCUGUUCAUCCUAAACCUGCUCUAAAAACAGUUAAUCUUUCUGGAACAAGCAGCUUUGAGGCAGGUGUACAGGCAACACUACAACAAGCUAAGAGCCCCAACCUCCCACGUCUGGGUAGAAAGUCAUCUUCUCCCUCCCUGUCUCCACUUAUGGGCUUUGGCAAUAAAAAAAAUGCAAAGAAAAUAAAGAUUGACCUGAAAAAAGGUCCAGAAGGACUUGGUUUCACUGUGGUUACCAGAGACUCUUCAGUGCAUGGUCCUGGUCCGAUUUUUGUGAAGAAUAUUUUGCCGAAAGGUGCAGCAGUAAAAGAUAGUCGUUUGCAGUCAGGAGACAGAAUCCUAGAGGUGAAUGGACAGGACAUCACUGGCAGAACCCAAGAAGAGCUUGUGGCUAUGCUGAGGAGCACAAAGCAAGGGGAAACUGUCUACCUAUUGGUGGCUCGUCAGGAGGAAGCCUUUCUACCUCGUGAGCUGAAAGGAGAGCCAAACUGCAGUAUUCUGUCUCCGGAAACCACAGAGCAGUUGACCUUUGAGAUUCCUCUGAAUGAUUCUGGAUCUGCUGGACUUGGUGUGAGCUUAAAAGGCAACAAAUCUCGGGAGACUGGAGCUGAUCUUGGGAUUUUCAUUAAAUCAAUUAUUCACGGAGGUGCUGCUUUUAAGGAUGGUCGUUUGCGAGUAAAUGAUCAGCUUGUUGCAGUAAAUGGGGAGUCUCUUCUGGGCAAGUCAAAUCAUGAGGCUAUGGAAACACUGAGGCGCUCCAUGUCCAUGGAGGGGAACAUUCGUGGGAGGAUCCAGCUGGUAGUUCUCAGGAGACUAGAGGUGCAGACAGAGGAACGCUCAGAUCAGGGAGUCUUUCAAAAAUCAGCUUUUGAUGGGAGUCAUAACUUCGCAGCUGCUUCCCGACGCAAUGAUACUAUUCUUCAGCCGUUUGUAACGUGCAGUCCUCGGGAAAGAAUAAAAGAGUUGCCAGUGUCUGAUCGUGGCAGUGGUGAAAAUGAAACUCCCCCCCCUCUCCCACCACAUCCCAGUGAGGAUCUGCUGAAUGAGGAUUAUAACCAUAGCCCUAUCAUGAAUUCAGCAGUGCGUUUAACAGAUCAGCACAUCAACUUCAGAUCCUUGACACCAGCCAAGCAGUCCGAAUCAAUUAAUCUGAAAGCCUCAAAAAGCAUGGAUCUUGUGGCAGAUGAAAGCAAAGUUGGUUUGUUGGCCGGACACAAAUCGGACUCUUCUGGCAGAGAUUUCGGUCCUACUCUGGGAUUGAAGAAGUCCAGUUCUCUUGAGAGUCUUCAGACUGCUGUAGCUGAAGUUAGGAAGAAUGAACUCCCUUUUCACAGACCCAGGCCUCAUGUGGUCCGUGGUCGGGGGUGUAAUGAGAGUUUCCGAGCUGCCAUUGACAAGUCUUAUGAUGGACCUGAAGAUGGAGAGGAGGAUGGUUUCUCUGAUAAGAGCUCUCACUCUGGUCAGGAAGCUCAAAACAUGGAAUCUGCCCAUCCAGAGAACCCUGAAAUAGAAGAUACAGAAACCAAAGCAAAAAAAGACAAAAAAAAUAGAGAAAAAGAGAAGAAAAAGGAAAAGGGCAAAUCUAAAAUCAAAGAAAAAAAAAGGAAGGAAGAAAAUGAAGAUCUGGAAAAGAAAAAGAAGAAAGGCUUUGGUGUCAUGUUGAGAUUUGGUAAGAAAAAGGAAGAUAAAAGUGGGAAAACAGAUCAGAAGGGGAAUCCAAAGCAAGGCAUGCUUAAAGAGGAGGAGCUGGAGAAGAUGAAAGAUGAACGUGAAAGGAUUGGUGCAAAGCAUCAGGAGUUACGGCAAAAGCAAUUGAGAGGUCUGAGGGAUUAUUCUAUUGGUCCUGGAGGACCUGACAUUGAUGACGAUGAGGUGGAUCCAAAUUAUGCCAGAGUAAACCACUUCCGAGAGGUUUAUCCAGCAGCAAGCUUCUACAGGCCAUCAUCACCAGCAGCAGCAGAAACCUUUAUAUAUCCACGUGAUUCUCCUUCAACACCAAUGGAGAGGGAGCACUUGGAAGGACUGUAUGCAAAAAUAAACAAGCAGCACUACCCACAGACGCCUGGUGACAGUGGCUGCACAGGUGGUGGGAAUGCUGAUCGUAUCCAGAAGUUACGGAAGGAGUACCACCAGGCCAGGCGGGAAGGCUUGCCUUUCUAUGAGGAUGACGAAGGAAGAACGCAACCCUCUGAUUACGACCAGCGUUGGGUGCCUGGAAAAGGUCCAGAUGGGAGCUCAUACAAUCUCCACUUCGAGGGGAUGGAAAGGCAGUAUGCAUCCUUACCCAGGCGUGGACCUGCAGAGCCACUGGAAUAUUUAACGGGGCCACGAGUAGUAUACAAAGAGAGAGAUCUUCCUUACUACCAAGGAGGAAAGCCUGUCAUCCACCCAUCUAAGGGGAACUACAUCCGUGUGCCAGACACAAGAGUGGCAGAAUUGAGGUACCCCCAGUACUACCCAGGCCAGCCCGUCACAAACCAGCAUAAAGGACCCCUCCGGCAGGAUGUGCCACCUUCCCCUGCUCAGUCCCACCGAGCACCAGCCUAUAAUGAAAUUGUCCGACACCGCGGGACCAGUCCGGAACAGUACCAGUACAGGCAACAGGAUCCCAGGCAGAAGAACCCCAUGACUGCAGCUGUAUAGCUACACACUGGACUUGCUAGCACAGCUGGGGAGGAAUCACAUCGGACAUUAUAUCCUUGUAGAGUUGUUCCUAGCGUAGCUGCCUGUAAGAGUGGCACACGAGACCUGGAGUCGUUCUUACUGAGCUGGGCUCAGCGUAGGUGCUUUCUAACAGGCAAACGAAAGCCACAUGAGGUACAAUGUGUUUUGAGUACAUGAGGUACCAGACAGUUGAAUAUUUUUUAAUUCCUUUUAAAAAUAGACAGUGGCUGCUGUAAAAGAAGCGCAACACUUAAUACACCUCAGGGCUAUUUACUGAAUCCAGUUACACCUAUACAGUAUGCAGCUGUCUGUAUAUAUAAAGGGCAGUGGUGUCACCAGAGUUUACUUCAGAGUGCUGUUGUAGAGCCUUUAAGUGGGAACACAGCAUGCAAUAAGGACUUUGUGCAGAGCUGAGAAUCUUGUGUAAUCCAGUGUGACUUGACAAGGGACUGCCACAGAGGUAGUGGCCACAUUCCAGGCAUGUUCAGACCAGCAGCGCUGUGCUAUAAGGAUGCUGCAGAUUUGUAAUCUGGCCUGUCUUCCUCUUUCUGUUUGCUGGUGGCAGCAUUUAUCUUUUAGCCUUCAUUUUUUGCAGGUUGUGUAGCAAGAUCUUCCUCUUGUUGCAGCUGCUGCAUUUAGAGUAAGACAAAAAGCUUUACCCACCAUGCUUGGGCAGGCUCGCAGAGGACAGGGCAGCCAGCCACCCGAGAAAUGUGUCUGUACGUGUGUGCACUCAUGACUGUUUCUUAGUUAUACAGUAUGUGCUCUUCAAAUGUAAACCAUGGAGAUCAGAUCCUCAGCUGCUGCCAGCUCUUGGGGUUUCAGUAGAGCUGGCCUACAAGAAGUGCCUGAGCAGAUGCUGGCAGACAGGAGCGCCGUGAUUCAUAUUAAGUUACUGCAUCAGGUGCUCCCUUGGCUUCAGCAGGAGCCCCGCCACAGCCAGGUUACAGCAUAGUGCCAGCAGCAUCGUGCCCUGCCCUCGCCAGCCUUGCUGCCCUGGGAAGGAGCCUGUCAAUGCAGGGCCACCCGAAGUCCCCCCAGUGGAGCUCAGCCUCAGCCGGUGCCACGUGCCAAGCUACUCAAGCUCCUGCAGCCAGGGGCCAUCAGGCCAGUGGGGAAUGUUAUGUGCAGCAGUGCAUAGGAAGAGAGAAGGUGUGGAUGGGAAGAGGGGCCAGCAGCACAGCAGAGCUGGAGAGGGGCACAGGGCGGUGGGGUUUGUGCCAGCUCUUUGCCCCACGCAGCCUGAGCUUGCUCUGCAGCCAGCCAGCCUUGGGGAGGUCAGGAAUGCAUGUCCCCAGCCACAGGGACCUGUGCUACUGGCCCAACAGGGCCAUGGCUGUGCAAAGCUUUGUCUCAAGGGUUUUGUCACAGGGAAACCAUAUGGUCUUGUCACCUAGAAAUACAUUUUGAGAAGUUUCCAAGUGCCCUUAAUUCCUCGACUUCUGCCUUGAUAGCAGAGUGCUAUUAAGCCAUUUGGGCUCCUCUCCUCAUCAGGGAGAGACUGUGACCUGGCCACGCAUUAAGCACAAGGAUUUCUUUGAUGUCUUCUUGACACCUUUGGUAUGCAACAAAUUAAAUCGCUUUGGUCACUUCCCAGGUAUUAAAUAUCACCAGCAAGGUUUGUCCUGCUAGGAUCAUGUCUCUUUCCUAGCUACCCCUGGGAAAAGGGCUUGUUAGCACAAGAGCUCUGGAAGGCCCAGGGCAUGGUGGAUCUGCGUGCUGCUGCUUUCCAGGAGCCACCACUGGUAAUGGCCCUGAUGAGAAGCAGUGUUUAAACCCAGCCAACGUUUCUUCUGUGCUGCUAAUGCUGGUGAGAGACUGGCAUAACCCCGAGGCCUGGGGAGCACUUGCAGCUGCUCAGCAGACUCUGUCAUUUGCAUUCACACCAAUCUGUACCCACCAGCCAGGCUGGGAAGCAGGGGAGAGGAGACAGCUUUGGAAUGGUGGGAGAACAUCUCCAUGAUUCAGACCUAGGGCUUGACUGCCUGGGGCAGGGGCAGGCACAGCUCUAAAUCCAGUCAGGAGGAAGCAUUGGUGGGAGGGAGAGAGGGAGAGUCAUGCAACUGAUUAUGGAGCAAGUUCAGUUCUUGUUCCAUGUCUUUCUGCCCUCUUCCCUAGUAAUGUAGGAGGGAAAAACCCCUGGAGGGAGGGUUGAAUGUAAGGCUGGACGUCUCUCGGAACCCUCCAUAAAUAAAGCACAUUCCCCAAGGAAACUCUGCCUGUCGUGUACGUGCUGUACACAGCCUUGUACUUCUCUCUAAAAGAGUUUUAGAUGCUGCAGGAUACUGAGCCAGGACUUGGCAGCCACGGGGUAGCCGCUGGUGUUAUGAAGGCCUGCUGAAAGUGAAGUGAAAACAAAUUAAAAUACUUUCCCUCCUUGAAAUAUAACCCCUCAUACAUUUGAUCCAGCUGUAAAGAAACUAAUAGGUUUGUGACAGUGGCUUUAUCAAGCCAGGCCACAAUUAAGAACAGCUCUGAAUAUAAACUGCUGCCUUUGUAAAUCACUCUCAGCUAACCCUUCAGAUGGCAUCACAGUGAACAGUACUUACUUACAGUGUUUCAAGAGCCAGGGCCAAAUGAAAUCUGGAUGGAAACAGCUCCUGCGUUAUUUUUAGCCUUUGAACGACCUGCGCAAUUGUCUCCCUGUAACCUGAAUUUCUCCUUAAGAGCUCCCCUUGACUGCAUUGCCUCCACUUGGUUGAGGUGGACAGAUCAGCAAAACCCCACCUGAGCUGUAAAUCUUACCCAGCAGAUUAGUAAGUGAUGCUUCUGCUGUUAGAUCAGUCCAGAGCAUCUUCCGAAAAAGGGGGAAAAAAAGAAAGUAUAAUAUAUGGAUGCAUCCUCCAGAUGAGGGGCGAAGAACAGUCUGACCUAACUGGGGGAACAAGACCAAAAAGUAUUACAGAGCAUCUCAUCAAUCUCUGGUGCCAUUGUUCUGGGAGAAAAUUGCCAUUUGCUGGUUUAAUAUCUGGUAGAGGUAUGGUAUUUUCAAAAGUAUAACGUGUAACUACAGUAUAUAUAGUCAGCUUCUCUGCAGUGUAAAAUGUAUGAUUUUAGCACCAUAUUGUGGAAAAAUAUGUACCGUGCAGAAUUCACGAGGUGCUACAACUGACGGUUGAAAAUACACACUUGCAAAAUCCAAAAGAGCCGUUAAGUAACAAGUUGUUCUUUUCCCCAUAUGUCCAUAUGUUUGGGAAAAAUUAUGAGUCUGAAAUGCUCUUGACACAUAAUUGCCUCACGCUCCCUCAUCCAAAAUGUGCCAGUCCAGCAGUGAAGUUGCUGACGUAGUGGGUGUGAAGGGAGAGUUGGGGUUUGCCCCAGGAGCAGCGUGCAGUAAGUGCGUGUGCGAGCAGGAGUCGGGACAAGGGGGAGAGCGGCCCGCUCUCACGUGAACCUGCAAGCUUUGGUUUCCUGAGCUGGUGGCGUGCAGCCUGCCUUUCUGGCUCUGGCUCGGGGCCAGCCGGGCCCAGCAGUUGAAAGAUUAAGAGAUAGAAAGAGAGCCUGUGGAUUUUCUGAGUGACCACCCACUAGUGAGCCAUGGUCUUGGCUUGCAAGCUGACAUUACCACUGUGAUAUAUUGUGAUGCUGAAGUCUCUAGGUACCUCUCAAAUGCGUAAAGAAAUAGCAAUUGCCCGUUGCGGGGGGGGGGGGGGGGGGGGGGGGGGGUGUUGAACUAAGCAUUAAAGAAAAAAUAAAGGCUUCUGCCUUUUCAAAGUGCAUGCAGCCCUGAAUUCCAAUUCACUCCAGCUUCCUGAUCUACAAAUAGCUUCACAUGCUGCCUAAUUUUUUUACAGAUGAAUUGUGCUACCUCCUCCUCCCAGCCAUCACAGAUUUGUUUGUCAGAGAGUUAGUGCGGUGAGUGAAUCCUGCCGGCUGCUCUGCCAGGGCCACAUCCUGACGCUGCUCUGAGCAGGGGCUGCUUUGCACUUCCAGAAGACCCUACACCAUCUCCGUCACAGUAGUUGUGCAGAGUCUUUAAGCCUUAGGUGCAGAAUUGGAAGCGCUAUUCACUAUCUGCACAGAAGAGAAGGCUUUCUAAGACAUUAUUCUGUUAUUGUGAGGGAGAGAGCGGUGUUUGUGAUCCCGACAAUAUCUGCGUGUUUAAGUGAAACUGAUUUUAAAAUCAUGUGCGAUUGUUUUGGGGGAGAAAUUCAACACAAAAUUUGAGAGGUUUUUUUCUAGUACCACCUCAAAGAUUUUAAUCUUUGGUACAUAUGGCUAUAUAAAUUUUACCUGGUUUAUUUUGCAUUAAAAUAAAGGCUUUAAGACUAUGUAUGA